AUGAAUCAACGUGCAAUUGCCCUUUGCCUGACGCUCCUGGCACUUGGUGUCACAGCGGGUCCAACCCCUGACCAACCUGCGACUGGGAAGGAUGCUGAAGUAUUGUUGACUACCGCUUCUUCCGGCCUCUCUUCCGAAGAGCCGACAGAACUGUCGCUAGUCAAGACCGUGUCUCCGUUCACGCAGCCUUCUGUCGAAGACAGUCAAACGGAAGUGUCAUCAUCAUCUUCAUCAUCGUCAGCUUCUCUGUUAUCGUCACCGGCAUCAGUAAACGUGCCUGUGGACGAACCGGCGCAAUCUUCGACGCCCUCGAAGGUGGCGUCAGCAUCAUUUCCGUCACCAACACCAUCGGAAGCGCCACUAAUGGCGUCGAGCACAAUUGUCUCUAGUGGUCAAACACCCACAGGCGUGGGUUCGGUUUCGGUUAGCGCCGCAGGAACCCUGUCGCCGGAAACAAUAGCAACAACAGAAGUUCUCACGGAUGCACCAAAGCCGCUGGAUAGUAUCACAAGUACGGUGGCUGAUGGCACUCCGGAGAGCGAUAGUGACGAUAAGAAAACAUCUGACCUCGAGCCAGAGAGCGAGACGCCGGUGAUUAGCUUCGGUAUUCGAUUAUUUACGGUAGAGGUGGCCACCGGUACGGAGCGUGCUAGUGACGAUCAAACCGACCUGUCCAAUGCCACACAAACCCAGGAAAAUGUUACUAGCAAAAAUGUUUCUCCUAAUGAGGAUGGAGCUGAUCUGGUAGACUCUACUGUAUCAUCGGUCACGUUGUCUACCAGCGCUGGCCUUACUGAUAGCUCAAGGAAGGUAAACGGAGCGGAAAGUGCGGAAGGUAGCGCCACAUCCACUACAACAAACGGUCAAUCAACGGUUACGAUCAAUACGCAGGUGAUGAGCAAUGGAGCUGCUGGUGGCGUAUUCGAGUUUCCUGAGGACGCACCAGAGGAUGCAUUUUCCAAUGAGAUACAUGUCGAACGGAACUUGAAAAACGGUCUUUAUCGAAUUAAGAUAGCCGAAAUAACGACGGACGAGUUCGACAACGGAUUGCGCGAGAACGAUAACGAAAAUAUGCUAAUGACGGAUACGAUGGGUUCGCCAGGGAACCGCCAUCUACCUUUACACAAAUCUGUCUACCCCAGCAAGAUAAACAUCGACGACUUUUACCCUUCCAAGCUGGAGGACUUUAAACCGGAGCAGGCGCAGCAGCAGUCUAGUGCCGAUGAGGAAAAACGGCUGCGGGAGAAAUCUAUUUUGCGAAACGAGGAUGGAGAGAGAUUGUUCGAGUCCACCAUCAUGAAGCCCUCGGACGUGUUGCCCGUACUCACGACGACCGAGGGAGACGAGAAGGCUGGACAGUUCCAGGAGCAACUUUUGGGCGACGGAAUGGAACGGCCCUCCAAUGUUGGCACGGUGACAAGCGCCAGUAGUAGCAGCAGCAGCAGCAGUAGCAGCAUCGGCCCAGUAAACAAUGCGACCGGUCAGGAUGGUGGAGACAUCUCUACCACGAAGAUAGAGAUCGAACUAAUCGAUGACACGUCGGAAACAUCGGCAAGCGAUGAGCGCAGCAGCAAACCGACCAUAGACAACAUAACGGAAAAGCUGGAAGAGAAUGACGAGGUGAUUAGUCGUAUCGAAGAAAACUUCAAGGGCUUCCGGGCAUUCGAAGGUACCGCCGGCGGAGACGACGAAGAGGAGUAUCGCGAUGCAAUGGAUGGUCGAAAGGACGACGAAGUAAUCACAAUUGCCAUCUCAUCGGUGACGUUUUCCUCCUCACAGCAAGAUUCUGCCCAAACAUCUCCUCCUCCGUCGUCAUCCGUACCAUCGUCAACGGUGGCUGGUACCGAACAACAGCCUAACGACGAAGAGAUCGGCGACCCUGUCAGUGGCAGUGAUAUCGUCAAAAAUGGUUACAGCAACCUGUUCAUACCUCGACGUGUCAAAAAGAAUGACCCUUCGACUGCUACAAAGCUUGCCCAGCUGGCCAAGAAUGCUCCGCUGAAGAAGAUUGACUUUGCCGCCACCAAAUUUAACACGGACAACAAUGGUCCGGGUGGCGUGUCCGAUUCUGCUGACGGAAGCAAAAAGGAUAAGCCCGAAUUCUCCACUACAAAGUUCUACAACAGCAAGGAACUGUACAGUGAACUGCAUCAUCAGGCGCUGGUACCGAACAGAACGCAAACGGUUGCAAAGUCCAAAGCAACCGCGGCUAUUCUAUCGGAGAAGGAUAUUAUUACCGCAAAAACAAUGUCCAAACCAGCACAAGCUAUUUUGGCAGCUUCGUCCCGGAAGUCGUCGAGAGCGCAAGCAACUACGACCGUCGGGGCAGAUGUAACUGGAGCUAAGGGUGAUAUCAAGCAACAUACCUUAAAGACCAACUUCGUGCUUAACGAGGAAACGGUCCCUAUUGGAGCGAGGGUCAGCAAAUCCAGUACCGCCACUGCAACGGAGGAUUUGCAACAGCGAAAGAUAAAGUCGCUCGGUUCUGCUGCAUCGGCGAUCAUUGCUGCCACGGCAAAGCUAGCCAAACCGAACCGUGCUUCCACGACGAGCACGACAACUACAACAGUGACAGCGGUUGCAUCAGCUGCGACAACUGCGACGGCGACCUCGUCUCCAGUUUUGACAUCGGAUGCAGGCAGUAAUGAUGCCAACCGUGUCGGUGUGACGUCUGCCGCAUCCAGCAGAAUCGAUGAGCUCGUUCAAGCAUCGACGAGCGUAGCGACCAAUGAGCGCCUGAUGUCGAAGCCAUCUGUAGCACUAUCCCGUCUGCACGAGAAAAUUAAUACGCUCGAUUGUGAAAUUCAAAGCAUCGCGCCCGAUUCGAGCGUUUGGCGCGGUAACGAAACGCACGAGCUGCAGCUGCCGGCCAUGACACCUGAAGAUUGUUCCGCGGGCUCUAGCUGCACUCCGACCACCAUUUCCUGGGAGGGGACGGCCGAUAUUCAGUCGGGGGAUGUGCUUAUCGUUGAAAUAGACGAUCAUCAUUUGAUACCGUCGAAUUACAACAAGUCCACGGAAGGCGCCCAUCACACGACCACUGCCGUUUAUCAAGUUACCCGGCUCGGGCACGAGAACUGCGACAUUACCGAAGGCGUCCUGCUCGACAUCACACCACUAGUGGCCGACGGAAAGAAGCUGGUCACCCUUUACGACAAGGAUCUGACGGAGGGAAUUAAUCUACUAAUUGUUGUUUCCGAGCAGUGGGGCCAACAGUGCGUCCGUCUGAAGGUGACCGUUAAGUCUGACAAUUGUGGCGAAAAUGCUGACUGCUCCGGAAAGGGUGUAUGCUACUCGAACAAUUCCAUGGAGGGAUACGAAUGUCAAUGCUGCAGUGGAUUCGCCGGUACACAUUGUGAGGAGAUUGAUGCCUGCAGCCCAUCACCCUGCACGAACAACGGAAUAUGCGUCGAUUUGUCACAAGGACACGAAGGCAACGCUUAUCAGUGUCUCUGCCCGUACGGCUACACUGGCAAAAACUGUCAAUUCGAGUCGGAUCCAUGCAAUCCUUCGCAAUGCCUGAACGGUGGUACCUGUGUUGGGAAUUCGACACAUUUCAGGUGUGAUUGUACUUCCGGCUAUACAGGGCCACUGUGCCAGCACAACUUGAACGAAUGCGAAUCAUCACCCUGUGUACAUGGUAUCUGUGUCGAUCAGGAGGAUGGAUUCCGUUGCUUCUGUCAACCAGGAUUCUCCGGAGAGCUGUGUAACUUUGAGUACAACGAAUGUGAGUCCAAUCCUUGCAUCAAUGGCGGCCAAUGCAUCGAUAAUAUCGGUGGAUUUUCAUGCAAAUGCACCCGAGGCUACACGGGCAAACGAUGUCAUAUCAAGGUUGAUUUUUGUGCCAACGAUCCCUGCCCGGAUGGCCAUCGGUGCAUCGACCAUGGCGAUGACUUCACCUGCGAAUGUCCCGGCGGUCGCAACGGUCCGGAUUGCAAUCAGGUUCCACGAACGCUGUGCAACGUGAACCCUUGUGCCAAUGGUGGCACCUGCUGGACAACGGAAGAAUCAUUCUACUGUGCCUGUCGUCCAGGAUUUACCGGCAAAAUGUGUGAAGAAAACUUCGUCAUCGAUACAAUGGUAAGCUCCAGCGAGAUGCUGUCCGACACGCUGGCCAAUCAGAACGGGCUGCGUGCCAUUAGCGGCAGCACGAUGUACGGGGACGACGGUGUUGUAGCACAUACCGGCAAGCACAACAGUGCCAUCGAGCUACACAAUGCGUACAUUGCGGCUGGGACGCUGGCUACCGCCAUUUUGAUAGUGGCCAUCGUGGUAACCGCAUGUCACUGCAAGGUGCACCAGAGCUACCGACACUUCGCCACCAAGCACCGUCAGCUGAUACCCAUUUUCGGCCGUCGUGCGAAGCCUGCCAGCACCAAUCGCCACUGGCUCAGUGGCAAAGGCCAUCAGCAGCAACCGCACCACCACCAGAGCCACACGAACCCGAACUACAAUUACGCACACCAGCUGCCCAACUCGUACGCCGGGCUCCAGCCGGAACGGAUAAUCAACAAACCAUUGCCGAUGAAUUUGGAGAACGAUAUGUACUACACGGUGGACUUCGGUGAUUCGCAGAACGCUCCGUUGAUACAGUAA